AGCCAUUUUGGCUCAAGACAUUUCGGCCCUAGGGUUCGUGUAAGUUCUCCAUGGGGGCAAUGAAAUUAUCCGCCGCGUUAGUGUUUUUGGGCUAUGUGCGGAUUGAUAUAUGGGCAAUGGGUGAAUCAAGGUCUAACUCAACGGAAAGGGGUGCAAGGCUGUGGUUUCAUGUGGGCCCUCACAAAACUGCUUCGACAACAAUUCAGAAACAGCUUAAAGCUUGGCAGACCUAUCUAUCAAGUGACGGCUGGACGUGGGAAGACCCUGCGCAAUUCGGACACUUACGCGGACAAAUGACUCAAAUCAUGAAUGUUGCAGAGUGUUAUAAGAUCCCAUCCAAGUACAAGGACAACAUAGAAACAAUUUGUUCAGAUUGGCUGCACUUUCUUGACCAGCUCAAAGGAACUUCAAAAAAGGUAGUGAUGUCUAGCGAGCGUUUCGACACUAUCAAUGACACCAGCGUCGCACAGCUCGCGUUUGACUUAAGCCACAUCAGUACCACCAUCGUGAUGGUCUACCGACCAUUUUACGAUUGGAUCGCAAGCUGGUAUCGGCAGCUCAAGGAUCACGGGCAGGUUGAAUUGGCCUUCGCAGAUUGGCUAAGCGUUUCAAACAUGGAGUACUACGCGUACAAUUUCUCGUUCACGACUUCUCUACAUAGUCGCUACGCCGCUCAUUUUUCUGAUGUGAAGGUGCACGUGAUGGGCCCCGAUAUGAUGACCGAUAUUGCCUGCGAUGACUUCAAUGCUACGAACACGUGCGCGAUGUCUAGGAAGGGCAAAGUGAUGAAGCAAAACGUCAGAGCAAAAUCUUCGCCAGGUGAAUGCCUCAGUUCUCUGCAGCUGCAAACGCUGAGAACUAUAUCCAUUGAGUUGCACCGGGCGGCGUACGGUAUCUUUGCAUCUUCAAGUUUUCCCGCGGCGGAUUUCGAUGCCAAGGCCAGGAUUUGCUUCGGAAAUCCCCUUUAGAUCCCGUCAGCCAGCCGCUGCUGUCGUGCCCUCGGAGGAGGAGUCGAGUAAGAGGUCGCUUACAUAAACCAUGUGCCCCAAGUUUUUUUGUUCGCCACGCAAUGUAUAACCUUCGUAUACCAACAAACGUUGAACGCACUUGCUCGUCGUUUCGGAAAACCUGGGAGUCCGAUGUCCAGAGCUUCUGCGACAAGUACGGGAUCGGUGACUGGAGAGUAGCAGCCAGAGACGCACGUUCUUGGAAGUGUAUCACCGGAGAUCUUCUUCACAUGAGCGCCUGCUAGUUUUCAUUCGCCUGUGCCCUAAGCGGCCGCCCCUUCGCGGGCAUACAGGCUUGACCUUGACCUUGACCUUCGGCAGACACUUCAAAAUGUGCUGGACGUCGCUCGGAGUGGCCCCAGACCUCCAACGUCUCUAAUCGAAAGAACCAUGGUAAUCCGAUGAUCAUCGUCCCGACAGGUCGCAUCGCAUUUCCGAGCUCCAAUGGGGGAGCCGCCUGGGGGUAUUCCAAUUUGUUGGUUUGAAUCGAGGGAGGUGGCAGAGACUCAGGUUAGCGGUCGGUAGAUUGGGCGAGGUGGCAAAUAUUAUCCAGGAGCAGCAACGACCCCAUCCCCGAAGGGGAACAAUGGGGUUAGACAAGGAACCGCGAUUGACCAUCUCCUGCCCAGAAGACGGGUGGGUUUUUGAGUUAGGAGACCCCAUGCGAGGAGUUGUUUGGGUCGGUUCCGGCGAAGCCAUCAUCAAAUGUCCUGUCAAUGCUGUCGCCG